UUCUGCACAUCCAGCUCGAUCAUGGCGUUGGGUCAUCCGUGUCAGCUGUGCGAUAGAGUGCCUCAGUAGUGCGCUCAGACGAGGAACUAACUUGUGACUUCGUUUGACAUGUCACCGGACAGCUGAGAACUUAUUGCAGUGACAGGACUUAACCAAGAGGAAGAAACUUCGGUUGCCAUGUCUCUCCUCUGCGUGAGAGUUAAGAAAGCCAAACUCCAAGGACCUCAAGAUAAAUUCAACGCCUAUGUGACACUGAAAGUGCAAAAUGUGAAGAGUACCACCAUCACUGUGAGGGGAGACCAGCCAUGCUGGGAGCAGGACUUCAUGUUUGAGAUCAGCCGGCUGGACCUGGGCCUCAUUAUAGAGGUGUGGAACAAAGGUCUCAUCUGGGACACCAUGUUAGGAACAGCCUGGAUCCCACUCAAAAGCAUCUGCCAUUCAGAGGAGGAGGGCCCUGGCGAGUGGAUAUUUUUGGACUCUGAAGUUCUGAUGAAGGCAGAUGAGAUAUACGGGACUAAAAAUCCAACUCCACAUCGGGUCCUGCUGGACACUCGCUUUGAACUGCCCUUCGAAAUCCCAGAGGAUGAGGCUCGAUACUGGACCGGCAAACUGGAACGCAUCAAUGCUAUGGGCAUUCAUGAUGAGUUUCCCUUACAGGAUGAAGUAGCGGGACGCCCCCUGCCCUGUGCUGCCUCUCAAUGCUGCAACUAUUUUGGAUGGGCCGACAGUCAGACUUUGGAUGACCUGGACAGUGCAGUGGAUGAUAGAGACAGUGACUACAGGAGUGAGACGAGCAGUAGUUUACCUCCACGCUACCACACUACAGCCCAGCCCAACUCUUCACUUCACCAGUAUCCCAUGGGGCCACACUUUCAGCAGCACAUGGAUUCCUGUGCUGACUCUUUGCACAGCUUUGAAUUUGACUAUAGAGAUCACCAUGCAAGCAGAAUUCCUAAUCAUAGGGGUAGAGUUAGGAUUGUCCCUGUAGAUUCAGGCAUGGGUGUGGAGGAUUGGGAGGUCAAAUACAAACUACAGGGUAAAAGUACCCUGUGUGAGUUCCUUGAUAGAGAAGAACAGGCAUGGAUUGAGGAACAUGACAGAAAAAAUUAUCUUGUUCAUAUUGAAAAGGCUUGCCAUGAUCCCAUAGUCAACCAGUUGUCUCCAAUCAAAAAAAAAAAUGCUUCAUUAAAUGCCGCUUACCCAGAAGGCUAUGCUACUAUUGACCGAAGGCGAAGAAAAAAAAUCCGGGACCCAGGAGGGCUGGAGCAUGUUGGAGCAGAGCAUUACCCACCCGAUCUUGCAUUUCUCCGUCAAAAACGAAGCGAGCUUGUGUUACGCCAAGUGAAAGAAAUGGAAGAGGCUGAUGAAAACAUGAUGCCAUGCUUGAAACCAUACAAAAAUGGCUUACUCUACAAAACAAGAAUGUGGGCCAAAAAUAAGCUAGAAAACACACUGGAGAAUUAUGUUGCAUAUCAAGAGGAAGAAGCAGCUAGACAGAGGGAAGAUGUAGGCUUUGAUUCUGAGGGCUCAGAUGAGCAGUAUCCCAUUGGCUCUGAAGAGGAGUUGGAGGAAAUUACCUCUUUAGCUAAGGCGCUCAGGACUGAGGAGAGGAAAAAUGAUAGCCACUAUGGAUAUUUCUCAACAUAUGGGAGCCAAACUGAGAGGCUUCAAGGUUACCGUGAUAAGAAGAAUGGAAAGGGUAAAAUUGGUGGAUGGGCUCCAGAGGUCAUGCUUUCUCCUGUUGAGGAACCUAGUGAUGAAUAUGUUGAUCCUAUAGAUGAGCUGCAGUGCCUGGUUGAAACCGUAUCAGAAUAUCUAGCUGAAAAAGAAGAGGAAAUCAGUAAAUAUGGAUCUUUACCCAAGUCUAACAAAUCAAGGCUGUCAUCUCAGGGUAGUGCAAAAACAGAAUCCGUUGGAGAUGAGCAAGGUAUCACCUCUAAGGAAGUGAAAGAUGAACCCAUAGAUGCCAAAGAAAGAAAUUCAAGUGGUGCUUCUGACCAUGGAGUGGCUGGGAUGAAGAAUGCCAUGAGUUCAUUAUUUAGCUCUUUAACAGAUAAAGUUGUAUCAAGCUCAAAACAAGUGGACUCUACGUCUGUUGAACAAUCAGAGAAUUCAAGUAAUGUUCCUGUUAGUUCUGGUAUAUCAAAAUUGUUUUCCUUCAUGCCAAAGUCUGCAAGUCCCACACCAGUAGCUGUAGUAUCCCCUACUCAGGAUCCUCUGUGUGAUAGGAAGUUUUCAAUGCCAUCUGUGUUGCCUUUCCAGCCAUCUGAUGCCAAGUUGCAAAGGGUGGACCUCUCAACUCAACCAAUCAGAAAUGAGCCCAACAAAUACAGUGUUGUCACAGCUCACAAUGAGACAUCGUCUUCUGUGAAUUCAGUAUUGGGAAAGGGGAACACUUUCACUGGAGAUAGUGUUGUGAAUGGAACAGCCAAAAGUUUUACUUUUGAUGCAGGGAAAAUGCAGCCAGGUGAUCAGUCCAGAGCUUUGAAUUGCAAUACAAAACUCCAUACAAUGCCAGAUGCGUAUAAAGUUGCUGAUGGUGAAAAACCUAAAGCUUUUAAAAAUAUCUCUAAUGAGAUAAAUAGUGAGAAGGCACACACUGAGCCUAUAACACAAAAAGCUGCUGAAGAGUCAGGUUUUUUCAGUCCUUUUAAGAAAUCUUUCAGUUCAUUAAUCUCACCUGGACCUCCAGUGCCUCCUCAGACUCAAACACAGACAGUUUUUCCUGUUUUCAGAUCAGCAGAAGACGUUAAGGUAGAAAAACUUUUAGACCAGUCCACCCUAACAAAACAAGCUUUUGUCUCUUCUGACAAUGUAUCCUUCCCACAAUCUCCAAAGGCAGAAAGAGGGCUGUUUUCUGGAUUGUUUAAGUUUGCAUCUGGUGAGGAUUCAAGUACAUCCAAAAGUAUGCCACAAAACUCAGUUAAGACAGAUCAAACUCUUAAUGCCCCAAACAAAAUUACAGGUGUAAUGCCAUCUUCAGUUCAUGACGAUGCAAAAUCAACAACACAUAACCACAAAGAACCUGAGGCAACUGCUAAGGGGAACACAGAAACCGGCUGGUUUUCUAGUCUUUUUAAGAUGGCACCAACUGAAGAUCUGCAGCCUGUUACUCCACAUGCCCAAAGGCCUAAUAUUCAGAACUCUCCACUUCCUCCAGGGUCAAAUCAAAAUGUACCUAGGAUGCAACCUCAGAAUCCAUCUCCGGCUAAAGAACAAGUGCAACUUAGGCACCAACAUCCUAGUCCAACUGAAGUCCCUCAUGAAACAGAGCAAAAAGCAUCUCAACAUGAACGUCAGGGCCUGUUCUCUGGUUUGUUUAAAUCAGCUGCUUCUGAUGAUACAUCAGUUACCCAAGCAUCUACUAAUCAACCACACCAAGGAGGCUUACUCUCAGGAAUCAUGAAAUUUGCUUCUACAGGUGAUAUGACCACAGGUACUCAACUCAAUCAAUCACAACAAAAGAGUCUGUCUGCUCUAAUAAUAAAUCAACAAACCCAACCUCACACCCAACAAAGUGCAUCUAAUCCUCUUUUCGCAGGGCCAUUAAAUGUUUCCUCCACAGAAAAUAGACCCCCUCAACAAAAAGACUUUCAGCAACCGUCAACAUUUGCAAGUGCACCACCUCAACAGGGAAGUAUUUUAUCUGGCCUUUUCAGAUUUACCUCCACUGACAAGGUUUCAGACACCGAGACAAAGAUCUCCCAGGAGCAACAAAAAUCAUCAAGUGCAAGUGCCUUUCAAGAUCCUGUUCAGCAUAAUACUGAGGGACAGAGUUGCAACCUUCUUCAGCAGUCCAGAGUCCAAAAUAAGCAAUCAGACCCACACCAGAAAGGCAUAUUAGAUGGCCCUAGACAAAGUGUAUCCCAUCAAGGACCUUCUCAACAAGAUGGCUUUCUUCCUGGACUUUUCAAGUUUGCAUCCUCAGAUGUUUCUGUAUCUCAAUCAACUCAACAAAUACAGGCAUCUAACAAUCAGUCCACUCCACUUCAGCCAACAAAAAAUGUGAUGGGACAAAGCAAACCAUCUCAAGAACAAAAACCCCAGUCAGGUGGUCUCUUCUCUGCCUUUCUCAAAACAUCCUCCACUGAGUCACAGGAACUAAAUACACCACUUGUUACACAGGAAAGCAAGGAACAUUCUUGUUUGCAGCGGUCAGCUAUGACAAAACAAAGUUCUCCUGUAGCAAGGCAAGAUACAUCCUCUCAGUCAGGAAUUUUGUCUGGUGUUUUCAAUAAACUCGCAUCCUCAUUUGAGGAUGUAUCUCCAAACAGCCAGAAUUCAUUUAAACAGAAACAGGAGCAGCAACACAUGCCAACAGAGAUUUACACUCAAGGUAAAUCAAAUAGAAAGCUACCUCAAAUACCUCCUCAAAAUCAACAUGCACUGCAAAACCAAAAGCCCCCUAUUCAACAAGGUUUCUUAUCUGGAAUAUUAACCAGGAAUACAACAGAAAUUUCCCCUGCCAAACCAGAGAAUGUGGUUAUGGAAGGAUCACAUUUGAAGUUAAAUUCUUUAGGACUGCAGAGACACAAGGUAUCUGACCCAAAUAAUGUGCCAAACAUCUGUGACACAGAGAGCCUUGAUUUGAGGACUCCAGCAAGUUAUGCUCGGUCACAACAGAAUCGUGCUGCAUACACAUCUAAUAGUACCAAUAAUUUACCCCUCUUAUAUAGCUCACAAAACUUUUUGCUCUCAAGCCAAAUAAGAAACAUGUCAUAUAGCACCGAAAAUCUUAGUAGCCUCCCUCUUGGUUACCCAUCUCAAGCAGUAAUGUCACAGGAAUAUUUAAGGCAGAGUUAUCCAUCCUUACAUGGUGUAUCUGAUCAAUAUGCCUACCCACAAGUCUCUUCUUCAUAUGCAUUGGGACUUAGUCCCAAUGAUGAACACUCAUGGAUCCAAGAAUCUAUAUUGUGGCAACAGCUGAAUGAUCAGUCAGUAGGCUGCUAUCCUGAUGGACAUGGAAGUAUAGCUAGUGAUCCAAUCCUCAAAUCUUCUCAGUGUCUGAAUAAGAUAGACAUGGAUGUUAAUCAACAAUAUUUUCCUACUCAGCCAUGGAUGAGUUUGCACGCUUUCCAAGGAGAGAGCAAUAAUCAACCAGAGUAUUCCAAAGAUAUUCACCAUAGUUCUAUGAGACCGAGAUUGUGGAAUAGCCACAACAGUUUGGAUGUUAUUAGUAGUCAGGAAUUUGAGGGUGUAUUGAAUUUGAGCAUGAAGAAUAAUGCUAAAUUAGGAAAGUGGAACUCGUUUAGUGCAGAUAGUUGUAACAGUCUAAACAGUAUUUCAUAUCAUGAGGGAUAUUAUGAGGAAACACCUCCACCUCUGUCUUACUCCGCUAAUGGACAGUAUAUAUAUCAAGGCACAUCAGACAUUUGCAGUCAACCUGGGAAUAAUGGAAGCUAUAUUAAUGUAGCUACAUCUCCCAAUCCAUGGAAUUACUCUUCAACAAGCAACAUUGAUAUGGAGGAACAUGUGUAUCUUGAGGAGUCAGAGUGGUAUCAGCAAUGGCUUUCACUUUUGGACCAAGGGAUGUGGUGGCCAGCAGAUGAUGGAGAUUGUGGAUAUUUUGUCUACACUGAUUAUGAGUACAUUUAUGCUCUACUGACAGAUGUGUCUGGGCAGUAUGUCUAUGCAUGUGCUCCAGAACAAGACUGGGGAAAUACAGGGGACUUGUAUCCUAAUGCCUGGCUGUAUAAUGAGAUGGUUAAAGUUUGUGGUUUUAAGAUUCCUCUCUACAAUGAAGAUGAGCUCCUUUGGAUUCCAGGGCAAAACCAAAGUGAAGCUGAACUUCUGACCGCACCACUUGACUUGUCGGCAGCCUAUAGAAAAGGUAACCAAAUCAUGAAUCUGAACCUAGAGCGUUUCUCUUGGAUGUUUGAGAAUUCUAUUCUUAAUCAAAGACUGCAAGCUCUAGAUUUUUCCUCUUAUCAAUUUAAUAAGGUUAAAAUGGAUACAAAACAACAGCUCCAAAACAAUUGUGGGUACUGGAAUCCUUGUCAGGAAGCUGUUGACCUCUCAUAUCAUGGUGCCAACCACAACAGUGCAAAUCUCAAUAGCAGAGGAAUAAAAGAACUGCUAUCCCAGAAGGUUCCCAUUUCAUUUGGUGCUACCCCAACCACAAAUUCCCCUACCAUGGGUGUCUACAGCUGCUAUCAGCCUCAACAGAGACGACGUUCAUCCACUGGAGUGCAAGUAAAGCAUAUAGAUGAUGUUUCCGAAGAGGAGUGGAGAAAGAGAGUACAGCCUGGAGAGGAGCAGCCCAAUCGACCCAUUAAGAAAAUAUCCUCUUUUCUAUCCUCAAUUGUUGGCAAAAGUUCGGAUUCAGAAUCAACCAAAAAUAUAACUGUCUCAAGGUCGCCUAAUGCCAAAGAUGCUCCAUACACGGGACAAAUGCAAAGCAAAUUUACUAAAUCCUCUGAAACUCGACUUGGUGAUCAGCAAGCCAAAAACAUGAUCUCAACAGGUUUUCAUAGUCUUAAAUCAAAGAUCAUAAAGGAUGAUGACUCCUGUGCAACAGCUCAGUCAGCGAGCACAAAUCACUUGGCAUCCAAACCAAUUUCAACAACAUCUGGUGUUUCAGUAUCAUCUCCAACACAGUCACCAGCUUCCACAACUCCUCAAGGUGCAUCCACUUUAAGCUCAUCUCAGAAACCCAAACUGGCUAGACAAGCCACAAUGUCACAACAGUCCUCUGUUCCUUUAACAUCUGUUGGUUCUACUACUUCAAUUUCAAGAGACUGCUCAAGUGUAACCUCCAAAUCGGCUUCUCCAGAAGGUUCUCAACCAGUAGAUACACAUGGUGGAAAGCCAUCUGAGCAGGCUGGUGGGUUUUUAACCUUUUUCAAGACUGCAGUGGGGAUAGAAGAGGUAAAGUCAGAUCCCUCUAAAUCUACUCAGUCAGUAUCUAGACAACCAGAGAAAAAUGGAUCUGCUUCUGCUGGCAGAAAAUAUUUAACAACAAAUCAAGACGAAACUGGAAAGUCUAGCCUUUUUGGGUCAAUAGGUGAUAUUUUUAACAUAGAAAGUCCUUCACCACCAAAGACAAAUCUGCAACAUUCUCCCUCACACCUGCAAUCAACUAAUGUACUAAAUUAUGUGAACAAAGACUGCUGCCAAACAAAAACAAUGCCUAAAGUAAUUCAGAAGCAACAAACAGUAAGUGCCUCUGGACAAGAUGGUCAGUCGGAAUUACCUAGUGUAUCACAGUCAUUUCAGGGAAGGAGUGUCUCAGCAUCUCAGAUAUUUUCCCCCGACGCUAACAAGGUACCAAUGCCAGGGAGAUCUCAAACUAUGCCACCAACUGGGGAGACAAAACCAGAAGCCCCCUCCAAGCAAUCUGGUGGCUUGUUUGGUUUCUCUGUUGGGGAUAUGUUCUCUGGGGCCACAGCCUCUAAAGAGGAAGGCAAAGGGCUGCUGUCCAUUUUUGGUGGUUCCAGUCAACAACAACCUCCAUCUCAAACUGGAUCUGCCUCUCCUCAAGAAAAAAGGGAUAGUGCAUCUGCAAAAGAGCCUCUAGGCAAAAACAUCCUGACUUUUUUUGGAGGUUCCAGCAUUCAACAGACUUCACCUCCAUCUGGAUCCUCAAGUCAAAUGCACACACCAGGAUCUGCUCCUCUCAAAGAGACUCAAGGUCUCAAUUUAUUUUCUGUGUUCAGUGGCACUAGUACACAGCAGUCUUCAGCACAACCUGAUUCUUGUAAUCAAAAACAAACACCAGGCACUGUCCCUCCAAAGGAAACAUCAGCCAUGGGUUUACUCUCCAUGAUAAGUGGUUCUGGCACUCAGCAGACUUCACCUGGAUCUGGAGCUGAUCCACCAAAAGAUCCACCAGUAACAGGAUUGCUAUCGAUGUUCAGUAGCCCUAAUCAACAUCAGACAUCACAACCACACUCUACCACACAGCCUGCACCCCAAGAAAAUGGACAACAAAAAGAGCCCCUGGGUAAAAGUUUAUUUUCUAUGUUUGGUGGUUCAGGGCAACAACCUUCACAGCAGACAGGAUCAAUUUUUGGUGGUAUAUUAGGUGGAUCUUCAAGCUCUACUGAGAGUCCAGCAAAAGGUUUAUUCUCUAUGUUUGGAGCACAAAGCCCACAACCACCAACUAACAGAGUUCCAGGCGCUGUCCCUACUAAUGAGCAGACAAUUAAACAUACUACUUUGUUGGAUGGGUCUAACUCCCAACAAGCUCCACCACAAUCUGUCUCUUCUUCUACAAAAGGAGCAACCAUUGCAAAGGAACCACCUAAAGACAGUCUAGCAAAGGGUUUAGUUUCGGACUCUGGAAUAGCCAGUCACCCAACAGCAUUACAGGAAGGCUUGACUCCUGAGUCUGUUGUCCCAUCGAAUGAGCCAUCAGUAAAUGAAAUACCCUCCUUGUCUAGUGCACCUAGCCCUCAGGAAUCCCCACAAAAACCAAGUAAAGAGUCAAAGGAGUCACAAGGUAAAGACUUGAUCACUGGACAAAUUCCACAGCCAGGUUCUUCUCAACCCUCCUCACUUCUAAGUGGAUUGCUAUCAAAUGAAACCCCUGGUAAAAGUCUUUUGACAAACCUUACUGAAGCUAUAAUUCAGCCAAGCGAGACACCAGUUACACCAAGCUGUGAUCCAACUGUAUCAGCACCAAAAGCCCCACAAGAAGUAUUGACAACUGUUGAUGGUAGAUUGGCAUCUUCUGAAUCUAGUAAGUCGCCGGCACACCAGGAGGAUUCUUCUGCUCAGGGUGUAGUACCACCAAAAGAGGGAGCAACCUCAGGCUUGUUGUCAAUGUUUUCUGGGUCAGGUUCUCAAAAUGUUCCUUCUCAAACUGGGUCUAUACUUGGCGGGAUUUUCCCUGGUGCCUCAGGAUCAAAGGAAAUUCCUGGCAAGAAUUUGUUUUCUAUGUUUUCUGGGCCAAGUUCACAGCCCAGUGCAGGUAAUACAGGGCCUAAACUUGAGAGUAACAGUCCAGGGGCUUCUACCUUCAAUGAGUUACCAGGAAAAGGUUUAUUUUCUGUGUUUGGUGGAUCAAGUCCACAACAGGCCACUCCUCAGUCUUCUUCACUAUUAGGUGGUCUUCUAUCUGGAGUUGCUUCUAAAGAUGCUCCUGGAAAAAGUCUUCUUUCCAUGUUCGGUGGGCCUAAUUCAACACCUUCACCUAGUCAAACAGGAUCAACAUCCAAACCAUCUGAAACUGAGGGGCUGUUGAAGGUUGCAUCAUUAUUCUCUCGAGGGGAUGCCACUGAGGAUAAUAAAUCAAAGACAGUGGGCUUUAGCCUGUCAAAUUUGGGCUUCAUGGAGGAAAAGAAAUCCGGACCACAGAAUGAUGAUUCCAAGUAUUCUAUUCCCUUGGGCGAUCAACAAAAAACAGCAGCUUCCAUGGCUCCAGUCUCUGCUGAUAUUGCUGACAAAAGCUCAGAUCACGUUGUUGAGACAGUUGCUGCUGAGGGGAGUAAUCUAGAUGUUACCAUAAAUAAUUCUAGUUUGCAUGGACAUGCUUUAUCAAAGGAUGUUGAUUCUAACUCGGAGCAGAGUACAAAAACAGAAAUCCAGAUUACAGAUCACAAACCUAAGUCUAUAAAACAGACUGAUUCAAUAGAGCCCAAUGCCUCUGGCUCUGAAAGACUUCAACAUAAUGAACAACAGAAAUCUGUCAUAGACUCAUCAGCUGAAGCAGUCAGUGGGUUUAUGUCUAAACUCUUUACUGGUGCCAGUUCAGCAACAAAUUCAUCAGGAAGUCUCUUCUCACAAACAACCACAGAAAAAAACUCACUCUUUGACCUUCCAAGUAGCUUGCCCAUGGAAUCUAUAAAAAAUGACCUUUUCAGUAUGUUUAAAUCACCAGAAGCACCCAAAGCAGCUGACAUAGCACCAUCUAUUACCUCUACUCUUCAGUCUCUUCAGUCAGUCCAAGAUCAGAAUGCACAUAAUAAUUCACUGUCAUCUUCUGGGGAUGUUACAUUGUCUGGAGACAAAGAUGAAAAAGAUAAAGUAGAAACCCUAUUAUCCAUGAAAGAAAUGUCUGCUAAUGAUACUUUGAAUAAUUCAACAGUUGCAAGUGUAGAUCCCACAGUAGCGUCCAGCUGCCAUCCAGGUGAAACAAUUGUUAAGGAGCCUUCUGACGUUAAAGUAAUACAUGAGAAAACCAUUGUCAUUAUUUCUGAACCUGAAGCAAAGGAUACAGACAAAUCAAUAUCUGCAAUAGACAGUAGUUCAAAAGUGGCUCAAAAUCCUCCAUCAACAGAAACUUCUCAGUCUAUAUUUGGCAUGCCAAGUUUAACAGCACCCAAGUUGGGUUUCAUGGCUGGAGCUGCAGAUGCUGGGAAGUCUUUUGGAUCUUUCUUUUCUUCAUCACCCUCAGUACCAAGCACAGAAAGUGGCAAGCUUCUUUCUGGGCUUAAGUCAUUUUCAGCAGGGCUGUUUCAUGAGGAGGAGUCAAAAGAAGAAACAUCAGCAUCUUUGUUUGGAACAAAAUUGGGUUUUCCAUGGCAGAAAGAAACUCAAGAACCUCCUAAGCAACAAAGACCUCCAGUUGUUACAACCCAACCUAAAGCUCAAAAGAAUGAAGUUCACAUUGAGAAUAGUACAACUGCUGAAAUAGGGCAUGACAAUUUUAUGUCAAAGGAAGAAAAUGGUGAAAUCAAACACACUGUUGAUGUUAAACAAGAAAUGGUUGCAAAUUCUGAAGUCCAAAAGAAAGAAUUUGUUGUCCCAGAAAAUGACACAGAUGAACCCCAACUCAGUUUAUCCACUCCUGAUCCUCCUCUUCUAAAAGAAUUGGAAAUCCAUAUCCAGACCCCACCCUCUACAGAUGAUUCUUCAGGAUUACAGCAGGAAAAGAAGGACCUUUUGAUUCCAAAAAGCCUUGUGGACUCCAGUCGUUUUGGAUCUUCAGGGAACCUCAGCCAAGCUAGUUCCCAGCUCAGUGAGACUGGUCAAGAGAGUGCUGCUUGUUCAGAGUUAGAGGAGUCCUACCAUUCCUACCACAGUACCGGCUAUCGACCAUCCAGAAAUGGGCAUCACCCUACCAAUGGACAUACAUCCUGGGGGGAAGAUGAAGGAUUGAAAUCUUCCCAAGAAAAUGGAAAGGGUAUAAGCAGCACCAUAAAAAAGGAAGCGGUUUCUCAAGUGAACAAAAUGCCUGAUAAAACUCUCAAAGGCUUCAGGGACGAUGGAACGCCUUUGCCAUUCUCUCCAUCCAGAUUGCGCUGGCUUAAGGCAAUCAACAAAGUGAGAGUUCAACUUAAGGAGGGCAAAGAAAAUGGAGAUAAUUCGAGACAUGCUUGGAUUAAAGCUGGAAAUGGGAGUGGAAUAUUUGGAAUUGACAGUAUGCCAGACCUUCGCAAGAAAAAAGCUAUUCCUCUGGUUAGCGAUGUGGCUAUGUCUCUGGUCCAAGCCAGAAAGGCUGGCAUUGCAUCGGCGAUGGCCUCGCGCUCCUCCAUAAAAGAUGAGGAACUGAAGAACCAUGUGUAUAAGAAAACGCUGCAAGCUUUAAUCUACCCCAUUUCUUGUACAACACCUCAUAACUUUGAGGUGUGGACGGCCACAACGCCCACCUACUGUUACGAGUGUGAGGGGCUUCUUUGGGGAAUUGCGCGGCAGGGCAUGCGCUGCACGGAGUGCGGGGUCAAAUGUCACGAGAAGUGUCAGGAGCUGCUGAAUGCAGACUGCCUGCAGCGCGCGGCAGAAAAGAGCUCCAAACAUGGUGCAGAGGACCGCACUCAGAACAUCAUUAUGGCCAUGAAGGAUCGCAUGAAGAUCCGUGAGAGGAACAAGCCUGAGAUCUUUGAGGUCAUCCGAGAUGUGUUUGUGGUCAGCAAGGCUAUCCAUGCUCAGCAGAUGAAGACCAUCAAGCAGAGCGUCCUGGAUGGAACGUCCAAGUGGUCAGCCAAGAUCACCAUCACAGUUGUCUGUGCUCAAGGACUGCAGGCUAAAGAUAAGACCGGCUCCAGUGACCCCUACGUGACUGUCCAGGUGGGUAAAACCAAAAAGAGGACCAAGACGAUCUACGGCAACCUCAAUCCUGUCUGGGAGGAAAAGUUUCAUUUUGAAUGCCACAACUCCUCUGAUCGCAUCAAAGUUCGUGUUUGGGAUGAAGAUGACGACAUAAAGUCACGAGUAAAGCAGCGUUUGAAGAGAGAAUCUGAUGACUUCCUGGGCCAAAGCAUCAUUGAGGUUCGCACACUGAGUGGAGAAAUGGACGUCUGGUACAACCUCGAGAAAAGAACGGACAAGUCUGCUGUUUCUGGUGCCAUCCGUCUUCAGAUCAGUGUGGAAAUUAAGGGUGAAGAGAAAGUGGCCCCCUACCACGUCCAGUACACCUGUCUACAUGAGAACCUCUUUCAUCACAUCACAGAUGUCCUCGGUCAGGGUGUGGUGAAAAUCCCAGAAGCCCGUGGUGAUGAUGCCUGGAAAGUGUACUUUGACGAUGUGCCACAAGAGAUAGUGGAUGAAUUUGCAAUGCGCUAUGGGAUUGAAUCCAUCUACCAGGCCAUGACGCACUUUGCAUGUCUCUCGUCUAAGUAUAUGUGUCCCGGGGUCCCUGCUGUGAUGAGCACCCUGCUGGCCAACAUCAACGCCUACUACGCCCACACCACUGCAUCCACCAAUGUCUCCGCUAGCGAUAGAUUUGCUGCAUCCAACUUUGGGAAAGAAAGGUUUGUCAAGCUGUUGGAUCAGCUGCACAAUUCCCUGCGCAUUGACCUCUCAAUGUAUCGAAACAACUUCCCUGCAAGCAGUAAGGAGCGUUUACAGGACCUCAAAUCUACAGUGGACCUCCUGACCAGCAUCACCUUCUUCAGAAUGAAGGUCCAGGAACUGCAGAGUCCCCCGAGAGCUAGUCAGGUUGUGCGAGACUGUGUCAAAGCCUGCCUCAACUCCACGUAUGACUACAUCUUCAACAACUGUCAAGAGCUGUACAGUCGCCAAUAUUCUCAGAUCGGAGACACGCAUAAGGAGGAGUGCACCCCAGAAGAUCAGGGCCCAAGCAUCAAGAACUUGGAUUUCUGGCCCAAACUCAUUACGCUGAUAGUGUCCAUCAUCGAGGAGGACCGUAACUCCUAUACACCAGUCCUAAACCAGUUUCCUCAGGAGCUGAAUGUGGGAAAGUUGAGUGCGGAGGUCAUGUGGAAUCAGUUCUCUCAGGAUAUGAAGUACGCCAUGGAAGAACAUGAAAAACACCGGCUGUGUAAGAGCGCAGACUACAUGAACCUGCACUUCAAGGUCAAAUGGCUGUAUAACGAAUAUGUGAAGGAUCUGCCAGCUUUCAAGGGAGUUGUGCCCGAAUACCCCACGUGGUUCCAGCAGUUUGUGCUGCAGUGGCUGGAUGAGAACGAGGAUGUGUCCAUGGAGUUCAUGCAUGGAGCCCUGGAGAGAGAUAAAAAAGAUGGAUUCCAGCAGACGUCAGAGCACGCUCUCUUCUCCUGUUCGGUGGUGGACGUCUUCACCCAGCUCAACCAGAGCUUUGAGAUCAUCAAGAAACUGGAGUGUCCCGACCCCAAAGUCAUGGCCCUCUACAGCCGCCGGUUCGCCAAGACCAUUGACAAAGUUCUGCUACAGUACAGUGCCCUUUUGAAGAAGAGCUUCCCGUCCUAUUGUGAUAAGGAGAAGAUUCCAUGCGUCUUGAUGAAUAAUGUCCAGCAGUUGCGUGUCCAGCUUGAGAAGAUGUUUGAAUCUAUGGGUGCCAAACAGAUUGCCACCGAGGAAGCCAGGUUGGAUGCAAUAGUGGACCCUGGGGAGGAGGAGGAAGAGGAGGUUAUCGAGGAAAAUGUGAAAGAUGGCGAGCUGGAAGAGAGUGAGGAUGAGGAGGACGAGUUACAGGAGAUGGAUAUCUCAGAGGGCAAGGUGUGUAUCGACUCCCUUGAGUCAGAGAGUAAUUAAUUUGUCCCUGAAUUUAAACAUAAAUGUACUUUUUUGCAUAUUACACAUUCAGAUAUUCAUCUUGUUUUGCACUUGGUACAUAAUUA